GAAGGAUCAGGAAGACGGAGAAGAAAAGAAAUCUGUGCAAAAGAAAAAAGUGAAAGAAUUAAAGGUGCUGGAUUCAAAGACAUCCCAGAAUCUAUCAAUCUUCCUGGGCUCCUUCCGCAUGCCCUACCAAGAGAUUAAGAACGUCAUCCUGGAGGUGAAUGAGGCUGUACUCACUGAGUCCAUGAUCCAGAACCUCAUCAAGCAGAUGCCGGAGCCAGACCAGUUAAAAAUGCUCUCAGAACUGAAGGACGAAUACGACGAUCUGGCCGAGUCGGAGCAGUUUGGAGUGGUGAUGGGCACCGUGCCCUGCCUGCGGCCUCGUCUCAAUGCCAUCCUUUUCAAGCUCCAGUUCGGCGAGCAGGUGGAGAAUAUCAAGCCCGAGAUCGUCUCUGUGACUGCUGCGUGUGAGGAACUGCGCAAGAGCGAGAACUUCUCCAGCCUCCUGGAGAUCAUCCUGCUCGUGGGCAACUAUAUGAAUGCCGGCUCCCGGAACGCCGGUGCUUUCGGCUUCAACAUCAGCUUUCUGUGCAAGCUCCGAGACACCAAGUCCACGGAUCAGAAGAUGACACUGCUUCACUUCCUUGCGGAGUUAUGUGAGACUGAGCACCCCAAUGUCCUCAAGUUCCCAGACGAGCUUGCCCACGUGGAGAAAGCCAGCCGAGUCUCUGCUGAAAACCUGCAGAAGAAUCUAGAUCAGAUGAAGAAACAGAUUUCCGAUGUGGAGCGUGAUAUUGAGAAGUUCCCACCUGCCACAGAUGAGAAAGACAAGUUUGUUGAAAAAAUGACUAUAUCCUUUCUUAAAACAAGAAUUCGCCCUUUGAGAUGGGGAAGGAGAACUUUCCAUGGCUGGACAGCAAGACUGAUCUGGUCAGACACAAUUUUCCUUCUUUAAAAAGGCUUCCUUUAA